AUGAAGGUCUUUGGGGCAUUUGCAUUGGCCACCCUCGUCUGCAGAAGUGCUGGGCGUCCAGAAAAACGGGUGCUACUCGCGAGAUCUGAAGGGACUGGGAAGCAUGUUAAGCGUCAAUCAGAUGGUCGAUGCGGAACUGGCUUUGACACCGUCUGCGCUGAGGAUGAGUGUUGCUCAAAUUCCGGCUGGUGUGGAACUGGAUACCUCUACUGCUCGGCUCCAGCGUGUCAGAUUGAGUACGGUCCAGCCUGCGAUGCAAAUGUGCGUCCCAAUGGCCCCGACACUAUCAAUAUCGCUCGACCCAAGAUUGGAGACAUUCCUUACGGUGAAGCCAUCAAUCGGUGUAGUCGAAAUGGCGAUAUUGCGUUGACGUACGAUGAUGGGCCGUUCACGUACACAGAAGAUCUGCUCGAUCUCCUCCAGGAAUACAACGCUAAAGCGACCUUCUACAUCACUGGAAGAAACCUCGGCAAAGGAGCUAUCAACGACCCAGACACAGCAUGGCCUGCUCUCAUUAGACGAAUGAUCAGAGACGGCCACCAGAUCGCCAGUCAUACAUGGUCUCAUCAACGCCUCACGACGUUGAGCAGGUCCAAGUUCUGGAACCAGAUAAUCUACAAUGAGAUUGCUCUCGCCGACAUCUUGGGAUACUUUCCAACGUACAUGCGACCGCCGUACUCGGCCAGCAAUGAAGAUACCAAUGCUUGGCUUGAUGAGCUUGGCUAUCACAUUACCUACUUUAACCUCGACACUGAGGGAUACCUCCAUGAUAGUCCCAACAUGAUUGCUGCGUCCAAGGCCAUCUGGGAUAAUACUGUCGAGGGCAAAGACCCCGAAACCAAUAGGUGGCUACACAUCGAUCACGACCCCGUCUACCAGACAGUCUACAACCUCACCGAGCACAUGCUGCAAUCCAUCCAAAGCAACGGCUUCAGAGCUGUCACAGUAGGCGAGUGUCUCCAAGACCCAAAAGACAACUGGUACCGCAAGGUAGGCAAUCAACCGACGAGCAAUGACCCCAGCUCAGAGCUCCUCCAGCUUCCCACCGACGACUAA